UCCAUUACCAAUUUCACAUUCAUAUAAUUUAUUUACAUAAUUUAAUAAUCAAAUCUAAUAAAUUCAGCAUCUUGAAGAAAAAUGUCAUCAUCUUUGUAUCUUCAAAGAUUUGGAAGAACAAAAAGUUUAACAAAAAGAUCAACAAAAAAGUAUCUUGAAGAAGCACUAUACAGAAACCUGUACAAAAAUGGUGGCUCAGAAAUGAAUGUUAGACAGAAUUUAAAUGAGUUUAUUAAAUCAAGAAAAAAAGCUUUUAAAUGGGAAGUUGAUCAUACUCUUAAACUCCUUCGAAAUCGUAAACAUUAUGCCCCUGCUCUAAAGCUAUCGGAAACCAUGGCAGAAAGGGGUAUGAACAAGACUGUCAGUGAUCAAGCUGUACAUAUUGAUUUUAUUGCGAAAACACGAGGAAUUAAAGCUGCAGAGGAUUAUUUCGUUGAUCUCCCAGAACAAUCGAAAAACCACUUUACAUAUGGUCCACUUCUAAACCAUUACUGCAAAGAAUUGAUGACAGAUAAAGCAGAGUCUAUGUUUGAAAAGAUGAAAGAGUUGGAGUUACCUCUAACGUCUGUUCACUAUAAUUGCAUGAUGACCCUGUAUGAAAAGAAAGGUCAACCGGAAAGAAUCCCGGAAAUGGUCUCAGAGAUGAAGGCAGCUGAUGUGAAACUUGAUACUUUGACCUACAACAUCUGGAUGAGGGCCGUUGCUGCCAUGAAUGAUAUUUCAGGGGUUGAAAGAGUAAUUAAUGAAAUGAAGAGGGAUGAAGUUUCUGAAGACUGGACAACUUAUUCCAAUUUAGCAUCAAUCUACAUCAAUGCUGGUUUGAAGGACAAGGCGGAGAAUGCUUUGAAGGAGUUAGAAAAGAAAAAUUCUCACAGGCAUCUUUCUGCUUUUCAGCACCUAAUUACUUUAUACGGGAAAACUGGUAAUAUAAUAGAAGUCUAUCGUGUAUGGCGUUCCUUGAAGCUAGCUUUCCCCAAAACUGCAAAUGUUAGUUACUUAAAUAUGAUACAGGUUUUGGUCAAGUUAAAUGAUUUACCGGGAGCUGAAAAGUGUUUCAGAGAUUGGGUAUCCGGCUGUUCAUCUUAUGAUAUUCGUGUUGCGAAUGUUCUAAUAGGAGCCUACAUUAAAGCUGAUUUAUCUGAAAAGGCCGAAGAGCUUAAAGAGGUGUCAAGGAGAAGAGGUGGAAAGCCUAAUGCUAAAACUUGGGAGCUUUUCUUGAAUCAUUAUUUAGAAAAGGGGGACAUUGCAGCUGCUGUUAAAUGCAUCGAUAAUGCAAUUUCAAUUGGUAGAGGGAAUGGUGAAAAGUGGGUCCCCGAGACUUCGAUUGUAAAGAAGUUUAUGGCAUAUUUUGAGAGUACUAAAGAUGUUAGUGGUGCGGAAGGAUUUGUGGAUGUUUUGAAGAAGGUUGAUGAUAAUGUUGGUCGUGAAGUGCUGGAAUCUUUGAUAAGGAUUUAUGCAGCAGCUGGGAAAACGACCCCAAUAUUGCGUCGUAGAGUUAAGAUGGAGAAUAUUGAGUUGAGCGAUGAAGGUAAAACAUUGCUUGAGACUAUAUCGGUAUGAUGCAUGUUAUAUUGCUUUUACAUUUAGAGAUUAUAUGGAAUUUUGAUUUGAAUGAAAGUUAUGAAGCUUUAUUGUUAAAUGUUUCAUUGCUUGGCUUUGCAUUUGGAUUUUGAAGUUGCAAAUAAGGCUCCAGAACUCAAGAUGUUGUAACAUGGCUGUUUUAGCUGAAAGUUGUUCAUUUUGGGUUAAUUCGGUGCUGUAGUCAUGCUAUACUGGUAGAUCAACCUCUGAAACUGUAGUUUGUGUCUUUAACUAUAAGAGCCAUGUUAUUUUGUGAAAUUGCAGAGAGCAAGUAUGGUUGGUAGUUAUUUUGUGAAGCAAUUUUGAUUUAUCGUUUACGAACAAUCAAUUUCUAGUGAAAGAGAAAGUAUGGUUGGUUGUUAUUUAGGAAAUGCAUUCA